AUGAGAAGUAGAUGGAGCCUUUGGAAGCAAUUGAAAGGAAAAGAAACUGGAUUAGGGUGGGAUCACAUGAAAGGAACUAUUGGUGCUACUGAUGAAUGGUGGGAUUUGAAAAUUAAGGAAAAUCCCAUGUUUGAAAAGUUUCGUGAAGAAGGGAUUGAAUCGGAACUUGAAUGUAGAAUGGAUCAAAUUUUUGCUAUUUCCGCCCAAGGAAAUCUUAAAUUUACUCCAGUGUCUACACAACCAAAAAAUGUGAUGCAUGAAGUAGAUAAAGUGUAUAUUCCUUCUCCACUUCAUGAGAGCGGUAAUGAUAAUUGUGGUGGUGAUAAUUAUUGUGCAAUAGAUGAAUCAUGGGAUGAGGUAUGGAGAGUGGUUAGCCCGUCUCCCACAUCUACCCAUAUAUCCUCUCUUGGAGACAUUCAAAUUGAAGUGGAUGGUAAUAGAAAAGGUAAAAGGUCUUUUGUUGGUGGCUCCUCACAAAGUAAUAAGACUUCAAAGACUAGCUCAGGUAAGAGGGGAUGUGUUGCAACAAUACAAGAUAUGCUAGGUGGAGUGAUAGAAAAUAUUUCAGAAAGAAACCACUCAACUGAAGAAAUUACCACUUCAAUGAAAAGUAUGAUGAGCAUGCAUAUGGAAAUAGUGAAGUCGAUGAAGGAUAGAUCACAGUAUGACCUUGGAGAUGCUAUGGGGAAACUAUGUACCUUAUCGGAUUUGCCGGCUACUUCACCAGAAUUUUUCUUUGCUUGCACGAUGUUUGAAGAUCCACAAAAAAGAACUAUUUUAUUUGGAUUGCCGGAUGAUAACAAUAGGGUUGAAUACAUUAAGCAACUUCUCCUACAUGAGCAACAAUAUCUUCAUUGCCUAGAGUACUUGAAAGAAGAAGAUGAAUUUUGGGAUAUGAUAACUUGUGCUACAGGUUAUGCCUAUUGUUAUUUUUUAAAUCAUAUAUAUAAGGACCCAUGCAUGACAUCUUUUUUGAUUGGAGAAAGUUGGAUGAAUGAAUUAUUGAAUGGUCAUGAAAAACGAUGUUUUAAUGCAUUUAGAAUGAACCAAAGCACGUUUCGCCAGUUAUGUCUAGAUUUGGAGAAUAUAUACGGUUUAAGGCCAUCAAAUAGGAUGUCAGUUUUGGAGAAAGUGGGUUUAUUUGUAUAUGUACUUAGCAAGGGUGCUCCUAAUAGAGAUACCCAAGAGUGUUUCCAACAUUCCGGUGAAACAGUAAGUAGAAUUUUCAAACAAGUUUUAGAUGCUAUGGAUAGCUUUUCAAGGGACAUACUUGUACCAAAAGAUUCUGAGUUCAAGGAUAUUCCAACAUAUAUUUCCAAUGAUGACAGAUAUAUGCCACAUUUCAAGGAUUGUAUUGGAGCUAUUGAUGGUACACAUAUUGCAAUAACCGUACCUGAAGAGGAUCAAAUUCGCUACAGAGGAAGGAAAGGGAUACCAACUACAAAUGUCUUAGUGGUCUGUGACUUUGAUUUGUUGUUCACAUAUGUUUUAACCGGUUGGGAGGGAUCAACACAUGAUUCUCGUAUUUUUCUUCAUACGAUCAAUAAUCCAGCUCUCAAUUUUCCAAAGCCGCCAAUAG